AUGAUAGUUCGAAGUGAUAUCGCUUGCAUUGAACAACUUAGGAUGGAUCGUCACACAUUUAACAUCCUUUGUUCAUUGGUUCGUGAAAUUGGAGGGUUAAGAGAUACUAAGAAUAUGGUAGUGGAGGAAAUGAUGGCUAUGUUCUUGCAUAUCCUUGCAUUUGAGGAGAAAAAUAGAGAGAUUAAAUAUGAUUUUCAGAGAUCGGGAGAAACAAUUAGUAGGCAUUUUCAUGAUGUUUUAAGAGCAGUACUUAAACUUUCAAGAGUUUUACUCAAGAAACCCGAGCCGAUUCCUGAGGAUAGUACUGAUGAAAGGUGGAAGUGGUUUAAGAAUUGCAUUGGCGCUUUAGAUGGGACUUUAAUUGAUGUGACUGUUCCUGUUGAUGAUAAAUCAAGAUAUAGGUCAAGAAAAAAUACUAUUUCUACCAAUGUUUUAGGUGCAUGUGCACCAGAUUUGCAAUUUAUAUAUGUGCUAGCUGGUUGGGAAGGUUCUGCGGCCGAUGGAAGAGUACUUCGAAGUGCUCUAGAGAGAGAUAACAGGUUGAAAGUUCCUAGGGGUAAUUAUUAUCUAGCUGAUUUGGGGUAUAAACAUUGUGAAGGCUUCCUUGUCCCAUAUAGAAAUAUACGUUAUCAUGAAUGGAGAAGGGGAAAUGAGCAACCAAAUUCAAAAGAAGAGUUAUACAACAUGAAGCAUGCUUCAGCUAGAAAUGUGAUUGAAAGAGCAUUUGGAUUAUUGAAAAUGCGAUGGGGAGCUCUUUCAAAAGGUACAAAGUACCCCCUUAACACUCAAAUAGAUAUUAUAUUAGCAUGUGUUUAUAUACACAACCUCAUUCGCCAACAAAUGGGGGUUGAUCCUAUGGAAGCAGAGUUAGAUGAAUUUAUGCAAGAAUUUGAUGAUGAUGAUGAAAAUGAUGAGGACUUGAUUCAAACUUGUGAGACUUCCCCUGCAUGGACUAUCUUUAGAAAUAAUUUAGCACAAGAUAUGCAUAAUGUAUGGAUGGCUAGGAGACAUCAUCAAUUAUGA